GCUAAACGAUGCGAGCGCUCGCAGCCGUCGCCGCCGCCCAGUAGAGUUUCCCAGCCCGCGGACCAAGCACAACAACACCGAAAAAACAGACCGUGUGAGGGCAAUAUACGAAGACCAGUGCUUUUUUCAAACGUUAUCGUGGGGGAUUUUUUUAAAUGCUUUAACUAGUCGCCGACAGAGCGCGAGAGAGUGGAACGAGACCGAGUCAGCCAGCCUAGAGAGGGAUAAGGAAGAAAGAGGGAAAGUAAUUGCUGGUAUAUUUUGGUCCUCGCCAACCGUUACUUUGGAUAUCAAGAAGAUCAGAGGUUGUGUAGUCAUGGGAUGUACACUGAGCGCCGAGGAGAGAGCGGCUUUGGACAGGAGCAAGGCUAUCGAGAAAAAUCUAAAAGAAGAUGGAGUCACUGCCGCGAAAGACGUAAAACUACUCCUGCUUGGGGCUGGGGAGUCAGGAAAAAGUACCAUCGUGAAACAGAUGAAGAUUAUCCACGAGGAUGGCUUCUCUGGAGAUGAUGUGAAGCAGUACAAGCCUGUGGUCUACAGCAACACAAUCCAGUCUCUGGCUGCCAUCGUCCGUGCCAUGGACACCCUUGGCCUGGAGUACGGAGACAAGGAGAGAAAAGCUGAUGCUAAGAUGGUGUGUGACGUGGUGAGUCGUAUGGAGGACACUGAGCCCUACUCUCCUGAGCUCCUGGGGGCUAUGAUCCGCCUGUGGUCUGACUCCGGCAUCCAGGAGUGCUUCAGCCGCGCCAGAGAAUACCAGCUCAAUGACUCUGCCCAAUACUACCUAGACAGUUUAGACCGGAUCGGUGCACCUGACUACCAGCCCACAGAGCAGGACAUCCUCAGAACCCGAGUCAAGACCACUGGCAUUGUAGAAACUCACUUUGUCUUCAAGAAUCUGCACUUCAGGCUGUUUGAUGUGGGAGGUCAGAGGUCGGAGAGGAAGAAAUGGAUACACUGCUUUGAGGACGUGACAGCCAUUAUCUUCUGUGUGGCACUGAGUGGGUACGACCAGGUGCUGCAUGAAGACGAAACCACGAAUCGCAUGCACGAGUCUCUUAUGCUGUUCGAUUCCAUCUGUAACAACAAAUUCUUCAUUGACACUUCCAUCAUUCUCUUCCUCAACAAGAAAGAUCUGUUUGCCGAAAAGAUCAAGAAAUCUGCCUUGAGUAUCUGUUUCCCUGAGUAUACCGGUUCUAACACCUAUGACGAUGCAGCUGCCUACAUCCAAGCACAAUUUGAGAGCAAGAACCGCUCGCCUAAUAAGGAGAUCUACUGUCACCUGACGUGUGCCACGGAUACAGGGAACAUCCAGGUGGUGUUUGACGCUGUUACUGACAUCAUCAUCGCCAACAACCUGCGAGGCUGUGGUUUGUACUAAGCCCUGAUCGCUUCACCUCUGGAAAUUAUUCUAAUUGAAAAUGCAACUUGGUAAAUAAUGAAAUUUAAAAAAUAGGCAUACGUAUAUAUAAAUAUAUAUACAGUACCAAUCAAAAGUUUGGACACACCUACACAUUCAAGGGUUUUUCUUUAUUUUUACUAUUUUCUACAUUGUAGAAUAAUAUCGAAGACAUCAAACUAUGAAAUAACACAUGGAAUCAUGUAGAAACCAAAAAAGUGUUAAACAAAUCAAAAUAUAUUUUAGAUUAUUCAAAGUAGCCACCCUUUGCCUUGAUGACAGCUUUGCACACUCUUGGCCUUCUCUCAACUAGUACAAAUAAAGAAAAACCCUUGAAUGAGUAGGUGUGCCCAAACUUUUGAUUGGUACUGUGUAUAAUGGGGCCAUACUUGCAAACAUUAGAAACAGUUUGCCUUUAAACUGUUUCUCCGUCUCAAAAUGUGCAUCAGCCAAUUAAUAUUGUUGAUUAGUAUCAUUGUCCCAUCAAAUAGUCUGGCACAUUUUAGCCCUAUCCUAACCUCACCAGCUGUCGGUGAUUAUUCUGUAUAACAAAUUCCACAAAGAUAUUAGACUUUUUAUCCACCACGGCAUUUCUUGAAAUAGGUUAACCCUGGCCACCAGAGGGAUAUUUUAAACCUAUUUGGUUUGGUAUGUUAGGCCUAUGUAGAACACUAAUUAAUCAUUAAGUUAUUAAUUUUUUACAUUUAAUUUAACCUUUAUUUAACCAGGUAGGCCAGUGACAAGUUCUCAUUUACAACUGCGAGCUGGCCAAGAUAAAGCAAAGCAGUGCGACAAAAAUCAACAACACAGAGUUACACAUAAACAAACCUACAGUCAAUAACAAUAGAACAAGUAUAUAUACAGUGUGUGCAAAUGGAGUAAGGAGGUAAGGCAAUAAAUAGGCCAAUCAAUAGUAGCAAAGUAAUUACAAUUUAGAAAAUAAACACCGGAGUGAUAGAUGUGCAAGUAGAAAUACAGUUGUGCAAAAGAGCAACAAAAAAAAGUAUAUAAAAAUAUGGGGAUGAGCGAUCGGUAAGCUGCUCAGAUAGCUGAUGUUUAAAGUUAGUGAAGGAGAUAUAAGUCUCCAACUUCAGCGAUUUUUGCAAUUCGUUCCAGUCAUUGGCAGCAGAGAACUGGAAGGAAAGGCGGCCAAAGGAGGUGUUGGCUUUGGACAUGACCAGUGAGAUGUACCUGCUGGAGCGUGUGCUACGGGUGGGUGUUGUUAUGGUGACUAGUGAGCUGAGACUUAUAGAUGACCUGGAGCCAGUGGGUCUGGUGACAAAUUGCUAGAUAUUGAUUCAGCUUUGACCUAAACUUUAUUAAACAUGCACCAUUCUAAGAAGUGGUGAAGCGUGGCUCCGGUGUGCUCCAGCAGAUCUACACUCCUGUAUAACAGUGUGUCAGUCUGCAAGAGGGACUCCAAGAAGCUUCUCAUUAAAUAUAUUUGUAAUUUACAAGGUUUUGGCUGCACCCUUACAUCACAAUAAAUAUAAUUCUACAUUUCAAAGGAAAAAAACUAUACCUCACCUGGAAUUCGAACUUGCUGCAAACAACGAAAAUUACCAGAAGCCAAGAUCACAACAGUGAGCUAUCUGUCCAAUUGAACUUUUGUGCGUGUUUUAGUAACUUUGAUUAGCAGAUCAACAUGUGACUUCUGUUAAGGAUGCUCUCAUGAAAAAGUGAAUUUGUUACAGAAAAUAAUCAUGUCCAGCUGGUGAUGUUAGCAUAGGGCUAAAUAUGCCAGGUUAUCUAAUGGGAAAAGCUAACAAGUAGUGUUCUAUCACGUGCAACUACAUCAAUGAUUUUAUUUGACUGGUGUGGAUUUAAAUGUAAAUGUUUUAAUGUUCGAAAGUAUGGCCCCAUUGUUUUUAGUUCGUCUUCGAGGCGCUGCCAACAGAACUGAUUUCUUAUAGAAACCCAGCCUUUAAAAUUUUAGAACAAAGUUGAGAACUCGUUUAAUGUUUUUUUUUUCCCCUUCCCAACUGUCUUUUUGUUUUUAACAAAACAACCUUGUUUUUCAUAAUGUUUUUGUAUUUUUUUUAUGUUUAUCAUGUCUAUAUUUAUUACAUGAAUAUCAGUCCAUGGGUGACCUGUACACAUUUGCCUGAGUAUAUUACUGUUGUAACUAUGCUGAAAACUGUUCUAGCUCUAACAAUGGCUAUGAUAGGUAUGAUGGUCAUGAGUAUGACAGUAAAUAUCAGUUUCUUUCUUUUGUACCAGACUGGGUUUUCAUGGUAAUCCUGGAAGUUCUGUUCAGCUAUUUGAUCAUUUAGUUAAAAGGAAACACCCAGGAUUGAUGCACCCUUUUUCCACCCAUCCCUUCCUGUCACUCCGGUGGGCCUUUGCCAUUGGCUGUGUGGAUUUUGGAGCGGGGAGUCACAGCUUGUGACCCAAAGCCUCUGAACCGGAUAUCUGAAAAGUGUCAUAUCAGUGCCAACCCCAGGAGAAUGAUAGGUUUGGAGAUAGGCCUAGGAACACCUUGUUACUGUAAUGAAUACCUAUUAACAUGAUCAUGUAAGGAACUUAUACUUUUUUAUGAUCAUUUAUUUAUUUAUCGUCUGUUCCACACACCACCUCUGCACUCACCACACACCUUGUACUUUAUUCCUCCACUCAUCUUUUUAUUUUUCUAGCACCCACCUCUCUCACCUCUCGUUGAAUUGUUUUGGGUUGGCCAUUAGCUGGGUAGUGGUGUCUCCCGUCACGCCUCCUGACACAAAUAGCAUGAGCAACCCUUCAGCCUUUGUAUAAAAAUAAUAAUAAAAAUAAAAAGAAGGAGUUAAACGCGUCACAUAAGAAAACGUUGAGAAAAAAUCCUACAAAAUCCACACAAAAAAAGGUAAAAGAAAUGGGAAAAAACGAAAGACAAAAGACAACAGCGACAUAAAGAGACAACCAUCAUAUGGACUGGGUGUUACCAGUAAUGUGGAGAUUUGAGGUCAAGGGUCAUUGGACUGUGUCUUGGUAGAAAGCUGUAGAUCCUUGGGUUCUAAAAUCUUUACAAAGUUAACAAAAAAGUAUGAUUAUGACAAUAAUAACAAUGCAGAAAAUGAUGAUGAUUAUAAUUACAAUAUCAAUGAUAAUGAUGAUUCUGUAAUAUUAUUGAAGUAUAUUUCUUGUGCUUUGUAGCUACAGAACAUUUUUUUCUUUCCCCCUUUUAAAAAAAAUGUUUGACAAGGGUUCCCGUGAUCCACACUUGAACUGUUUUUACUGACUUACUGAUGUUUAUGAACUGUACUGAUUAUUUCUGCCUGUUCUCCCCUGCAUUACAGUGUCUUUACUUAGCCUGACUUAUAUAUAUAUAUAAUAUCUAUUUUUUUUAUUUUGUUAGUUUGGAAGAACCACUUUGGAGCACGUCCUGUCCCAUUGCUGUUAAGGGCGGGGUGUGUACGCGGCUGUACAGAUUCAUGCGCUUUCUUUUAUUUGGGGGGAAUUGUACUCAAACACCUUCCAGGUCUGCAUAGAAAAGCACAGCUCUCACUUCACACAUAGAUUUGGAAAGAUGUAUCUCUCCUCCCUAUCUGCCUUCUUGAUUUAAAUGUUUUUAAAGAAUACUGUGUAUUAUUACAUAUACCAGUUUGGCAUUCUUUUUCUUUUGAUCCCCUCCUUUUUCCUCCAUUUUUUAUCUCAGUAAAUGCUUUUCCGUGCUGCUUUUUCUCCCUCCUCUUUAGGGAAUGGUUGUUCUUUCAUGUGGGAUGUUCGUGCUGGAAUACCAAUCGAAUGUAGUGUUUACAUUAAAAGCCACAGUUUUCAUGACUACAA